ACACACCUCCCCUGCUAAUCGCGUGCUUGGAGUGACCUGUGUACUUUUGUGUCCCUAUGUAGUACAACGUGCUCAAGAGUCUCCGUCUGUGCACGUUUUGCUUUAACCAUGUCUGCAGUCAGAGCGAUUCUAAGACUGUUCGUGUUCGCCGCGUUCUCCGUCCUGGCUGUGCUUCUGCUGAGGCACUGGAUGGCCAACAAGCAGUACGUCUUCAACAAAGACGACGUCGCCAAAUUGGCCAAACAGUACGCUGGACAGGACCACGAGCAGGCCUUCUCAAAAGUGGUGGUGGAGCUAAGGAAGAGGUAUCCUGGCCACAUCCUGCCAGAUGAGGACCUGCAGUGGGUGUUUGUAAAUGCUGGAGGCUGGAUGGGCUCCAUGUGUCUGCUCCAUGCUUCACUUACAGAAUACUUGCUGCUUUUUGGUACAGCAGUGGAUACAGGAGGACACUCAGGUCGUUACUGGGCUGAAAUUUCUGACACCAUCAUCUCGGGCACCUUCAGACAGUGGAAGGAGGGAACAACCAAGAGUGAAAUAUACUAUCCUGGUGAUACCAUCGUACACGGUGUAGGUGAGGCGACAUCGGUCCAGUGGAGCGCUGGGACAUGGAUGGUGGAGUAUGGCAGAGGUUUCAUCCCCUCCACGUUGGGGUUCGCUCUGGCAGACACCCUGUUCAGCACCCAGGACUUCCUUACAAUGUUCUACACUGUGCACGUCUACGUUAAGGGUAUGCUGCUUGAGGCUGGUACACUACUUACAGAUGCUGGAAUUUUUUGAGGUAUGCUCAAAGCUUGGACACUCAAACAUGGACAUUAACAUCAAAAGAUCACCUUGUCAUGUCAUUUUACCCCUGGCACGCUAAAAUCAGUGGUGCAGAGAAAUCCGUGCCAGAUGAUCUCAAGUUUACAUAUUCAGUGUUUUUUGCUGAAACUGUAGACGAUCCAAAUUGGGAUCGAUACAGUUGAUUCCAUUUUCAUUCAAAGUCUGGCCCCUCAUAAAAGCUAUAGAAAAGAAAUGUUUGAACCCUCCUUGUUCUAGUCAACGUGUAGCCCCUUGAGAUAACACUACUGUGUUCCAUACGAACAAACCAUUCUGAAUCAUGCCCUAGCCUGUCGUCCACACUUCUCAGCAUCUCGCUCGGUACAACAGAAGCAUUCCUCUGAGCUCUUAAACUGCCUGCAUAGUCAGUGAGGUCAUUACCCAUAAAAAUAAACAUCAUCCACAGUAUUAUUAAGAAUUAAAGAAUUUAAGCCCAAAGACCUUCUGACUACUCUUCCCAAAUUUGUGUUUAUUCUGAGAAUAACAAGGCAUCACUCCAGGUCUUGGAGUAUUAACUUUUUUAGCAACCAGUAAUAUUUACAAAUAGAUAUAUAACUUGAUAUUUAAACUCCUUCAUUGUUGCACAUUUCAGGACCAAGGAAUCACUUUUAAAAUGAAUAUGCAUUGUUUAAUUUGGCUUGUAAACAAAAUAUAAUGCAAAAGCACCGUUGUCUUUAUUUUUUUUUAGUAAUAUCCAUCUCACAUUUAUAUGCAUGUGAAUUCUCAGGUCUUGUGUGACUCUAGCUUUAUGAAUAUUUAACUUUUUAAACCAUUCACAGAAUUGUUGGCAAAGAUCAAGCCUCUUGAUAUGGCACACCCUUUCUUCAUUUACAGUCUGUUUGUAAUGCCUGGGUCAAACUAUGUGAUUUUGACUGUUAUGAUGGUCACUAUGUCAAAUUGCAAGAUUAUAGUCAUAAAUUCUUGAGAGAGGGCUAUGGCAGACUAUACAUUGGUACCCAACAUAUCACAGCCUGAUGUCGUUCAUGACUUGGAGGUGCCAGGGGCUGGGAGAAGAGUGUGUGAUACCGGCUGCUUGUGUUCAGAAAAUCAUUAAAAUGGUGGGGACCUGUCUGUGGGUUGCACAAACAGCAAAUCAGCCUGUGUUGUCUCUCCUUCACAGAUGACUUGAAAAAGCAGUUAAAAAUAGGGGAGCUACUUCACAAGGCUGACUAUGAAAGUCACUAUACUAACAUUAGCUGUAACACUGUAAUAUUUAAUGAAUAUGGUUCAGUCCAAUAUGGCAAAAUGAUGUUAACAGAAGAGCCAUCGGUGUUCCUAUUGGUCUGCAUCAGCCCACCUCAUCAUAAAUAUUAAAACCAAUUCUGACAUACUAGACUUUGUCGGGACAUCGUGAGGUGUCCCAGAUGCAGUAUCGGUCGUUGUUUACUAUGACACACUAUACAAAAUAAAAUAAUCAGUAGUCAUGUCCAGCGCCCUACGUCCAUCAUGUUGGGCUGUUUUUGGGCUUAAAUCGUGUAGUAUGAACCGGGCAUAAGGUGUAUUUUUGAAAAUGUUGAAAACCUGGGAGAAUAUGGUUCAGAAAACUGCUUGGAUGAUGCGAGUGUAAUGUCCUGUUUUGCCCCAGUGUGGACCAUGCUGAGAUGCAUACCAGCUCAGAGACAGCAGGGUUUUAGUGAUUAUUGUUACUGUCCUGGUUUGUCCUGGAUGAAUUCAGAUCACCUGCGCAGCAACAGAUUUAUUUUAGUUUUCUUGUUUUGCAACACAUUUCUAACAAUCCCAGCAUUUUAAGGCUUAUUGUAUAAGGGUUCAGUCCUUAAUUCAUCCCAAAAUAUUGGUAGACAUUGUCAGUUAAAUCAACUUGACUUUACUUUUAUAUUAUGAAGCAUAAAAUUUGUACUACAUACCAUAAAAACUGUAUAUUGUAGUUGGAUGCCAAAUGCUGUUUGGGGAAAAUGUGGGAGCUCUUAUGAAGAUGUUUGCACAAUUUAUGUUUGAAAAUGGAAACACACUGCUCUUUUGUACUGUAGACCUCUGCUGUGGUGAACUCUACACCUGUCAUUUCAUUUGAUGGGAUGGACUGAAGUUGUAAAAAGUGACUUUCAAAAACUGGUUCUGUGAAGUUAGGGUUACAAACAUUUUUGAAAAUGUUUGUAACCCUAACUUGUAACCCUGUAAUGAAAAAAAAAAA